UUAACUCCUUCAGACACUGAAUUAGACUUGAGUAUGUACUGUAAAAAAGCCGAACCAAAUCCAGUACUCCGCUAACACUUUCUGUAUGCCAACAAGCAGCUUUUUCGGCUUUCAAAAUGACAUCAUUAGAAGAAAUCUACUAUUUAUUCAGGUGACAUGACAUCAUAUUUUUUAUUACUCAUCGGAAUGUUUAAGAAGCAAGAAAAGCUACUGGUAAAACUUUUUCCUUGUGACUUCUGAAUGUUGAUGUUGUCACGAUGAGUUGGUUUCCAUAAGAAAGACAUUUCACUGAACAAUUCUGGAAUUCUGUACUGCAUCAGCUGGAAGAAGUGGCAUUGUACUUCAUUACAUUCAAUAGAAAAUAAUGGAACAUGGUCUUUGCAUGUAGCAAUGGUAUGAACCCAAUGACUGCUAAUACACAUCAUUAUCUAUGUGUGGUGGGCCACUGGUAUCACACUCACUAGCCACAUAAGUAGAAAAUACUAAAUGAAGACAGGGCCAAAUCAGACCUCAAACAUUUUUGGAUAACACCCCUAAAUACAGACCUCAUAUAGGACCCCUUAAUAAUUUCAGCCCUUAGACCUGACCCUAAUGAAUUUGGACCACAGACCCCUUAAGAAACUAAGACCUCAGACCAUACCCCCUGCACUCAGGGGCUAUCGAGUGCACCCUCAAGUUAGCACAUGUCCCUAUAUCAGGGGAAAUAGACAAUUUUGAUCUGAUCUGUGCAAAAAAAUGGUGUAAGACAUCAGCUGAGCCAUGGCAAUCCUUCACCUAUUCUGGCAGAUAAGUAUGGUCAUUUGGAUUAAUUUUCUAAGGUACAACCUGGCGCGUUCUGGCAGCUGUGCCCUAUACGUCAAUAGAUGGGCAGCAUAUUGGAGAGAAUGGCACUGGCUACAUUGUGAUAACAUACUGGUGUACUCUGCAUUGUGGUGUGUUUGUAUAAUCUACAUUAGUGGUCUCCACAUGUUGCAAAACUACAACUACCAUCAUGCCUGGACAGCCGUUGGCUGCCCAGGCAUGCUGGAAGUUGUAGUUUUGCAACAUCUGGAGACCGUUGGCUGUCCAGGCAUGCUGGAAGUUGUAGUUUUGCAACAUCUGGAGACCGCUGGCUGUCCGGGCAUGCUGGGACUUGUAGUUGUGCAACAUCUGGAGACCGUUGCCUGUCCGGGCAUGCUGGGAGUUGUAGUUUUGCAACAUCUGGAGACUGUUGGCUGUUCAGGCAUGCUGGAAGUUGUAGUUUUGCAACAUCUGGAGACCGCUGCCUGUCCGGGCAUGCUAGGAUUGGUAGUUUUGCAACAUCUGGAGACUGUUGCCUGUCUGGGCGUGCUAGGAGUUGUAGUUUUGCAACAUCUGGAGACCGUUGCCUGUCCGGGCAUGCUGGGAGUUGUAGUUUUGCAACAUCUGGAGACCGUUGCCUGUCCGGGCAUGCAGGGAGUUGUAGUUUUGCAACAUCUGGAGACCGUUGCCUGUCCGGGCAUGCUGGGAGUUGUAGUUUUGCAACAUCUGGAGACGUUGCCUGUCCGGGCAUGCUGGGAGUUGUAGUUUUGCAACUUCUGGAGGUUCACAGUUUAAAGACCACUGAUCUACAUCAUUGAUCUCCAACCAGAUCUCCAACUCUCCAGCUGCUGCAAAACUACAACUCCCAACGUGUCUUAUCAAACCUACUGUCACCUACAAUAGUUCCCAGUUUCCAGACACUCCCCCUGCCUUUUCUUCCAGGAGUAACAAUAGGAGUACUACAAGGUGAAGCUUAUGCACCCAUGCUGCAGCAUCUCUUCUAUAGUAACACCACAUGAAGGAGGCUGCCAGUGUGCUUAGUCACUGCUCCUCACCAUCUUCUCCAGGCUGAACCAUCUGUAUGAGUAGCUUCUCCUGAUGCCAGGGUCCUAUGGUUACUUGACACCACAUAGGAGGAGCAAAGACGUGGAUGUGGUGCAGUGAGUGCUCGGAGCUUGCGGGAGCAUAUGCCUGGCUUGUGUGACAGAAGAGGGAUGGGAGGCAGCCAGGCUCACUACUAAGGAGACACACUCGCGUUCACACACAGGCGGUACCUCACCAGAGACCCUUCUCCUGGCACCUGAGGAUGGCGGAAGCAGAGCUGCAUAGGGAGCGCCUUCAAGCCAUAGCGGAAAAAAGAAAACGCCAGGCUGCAAUUGAGGACAAAAGACAACAGCUUGAAGACCAAAUUCUCCAACUGCAGCACCUAAAGUCUAAAUCACUUAGAGAAAAAUGGCUUAUGCAGGGAGCACCGGCUGGCUCCGUGGAAGAGGAAGAGGCUAGAAGGAGACAAUGUGAGGAGGAUGAAGAGAAGUUAAAGCUACUUGAAGAAAAUAUCCAAAGAUUAGAGAAGGACAUUGUGCAGCUAGAAAGUGAAGAAUCGCUAAUAUCUGCCAAAGAGCAAAUACUGAGAGAGAAACUUAAAGAGACUGAACUUUCAUAUGUAGAAUUGCAAAAGAGCUUGUCAAAUCAGGAUAAAGCAGAUGCAGUAAACUAUAUCUACUCCCAGAUCCCUGACAUCACAAGCCUCUACGCACAUCAAGCGGAAAUAUCUCACAUUUGUGACGGAACAACAAGGACACCUGCAUUGUACGCCAUGGAAAUAAAUGUGGAGAAAGACAGAAAGACAGGAGAGACCAAGAUUCUCUCUACAGCUGCAAUUGACCCAGAGGUGGUUCAACAGAGAGGAGUAAAGGUCUAUGAUGAUGGUAACAAAGUAGUGUAUGAGCUCCACCAUUCAGGGGCUGUGGUAGAAAAUGGCAUCCAUAACUUAAGUACAAGGGAAGUAGAUGAACUUAUACACAAAUCUGCACAAUCAAAUGUAGUAACAGGGCAAGGCACUUUACCUGAGAGAACUCUAAUCACAGAAGGAAUCCCUAGUAACUUGAAGGAGCAAUUGCAUUUAAAAGAAGCAAAAUUAGAAAUGGUGCACAAGUCAACUAAAGGGCUUCCUUUAAAACCUGGACAGCAACAAGUAAAAAAUAGUGGAAGUAAUGUGGCUGAUGCCACGUUAGAGCAACCUGUGACUAUGAUCUUCAUGGGCUACCAGAAUAUUGAUGACGAGGAUGAGACUAAAAAAGUGUUAGGCUAUGAUGACACCAUAAAAGCUGAGCUUGUUCUUAUUGAUGAAGAUGAUGAGAAGUCGUUGCGGGAGAAGACAGUUACUGAUGUCUCCACCAUGGAUGCCAAUGCUGCAGAACUGGUCUCUGGCAAGCUUCUCACCGAGACCACAGAGCCCUCCUCUCCUGAGGGAAAAGAGGAGAGCCUAGUCACAGAGCCAAUAACAGGUACAGACAAGAAGGCACGCUGCAAAUGCUGUGUUGUCAUGUGAUUAUUACUGUUUUUUUAGGUUGAACAGCACUGACACUGCCAACUUUGUAUCACGUACCUUUGUGUAAGUUGUACAAUACUGUGAACUGGGAGUGGAUACCCACAGUGCACUGAAGUUGAUUUGGUUUGAAAGGGUAUAUGUGUGUGUGUAUAUAUAUAUAUAUAUAUAUAUAUAUAUAUAUAUGCUGAGUAAAGACAGUUGUUGACUAAGCUUAUAGACACCAUGAGUUAUAAGACUGUUUUACAUGUAGAAAUUAUUUAAAGUCAAAACUAUUUAACAGUUUUGAAGUAAAAUUACGCCUAAUGCACAAAGUGUAGCCAAAUAUACUGAUGCGUAUGGCACAGAAACAGAUGAGAACAUGUCACAUACAAGUAAAAUGAUAUUAAAGGUGAACGAAAUGGAACUCAGUGUUAAAGGGGUACUUCGCCCCUAGACAUCUUAUCCCCUAUCCAAAGGAUAGGGGGAUAAGAUGUCUAGGGGGGGUAGUACCCCUUUAAGGAACUAAUACAAUAUUGUGUUUUUGUUUUACAUUCUUUAUCUACCAAAGUUAAAUGUUUAAUAGAACACAAUAUGUAUAUUCCCGCUCUGUGAUGGAGGUUAUGACUGGCUAUACUUGCUUGCCUCAAGGGAAAUGUUUACCUCUGCAGACAAUGCUUUUUAUUGCUCAUUGUAUCUAAAUAAAGCAGCUGUACCAAUGGA